UGUUUAAACUUUAAACUGUAAAACGUAAAAAGUGUUAUGUUGAAGCGAAAGCUGGCCCAGCAGACAGCGGGACUGUCUGAGGGGGACCCGAAGAGACCAGUUAUGGGUGCAGACACCACAUCUGCUCUGUUUGCCAAACCCCUGUGGCAGCAGUUCUACGAUAUUGAGUGCAGGUUGAAUGAAGUGCUGUCAACCAGUGACACGCCUGCGACAAUUGAAUGCACAUACAAUCCCGUGGAGUAUGCGUCAUCCCUGCACUGCGCUUAUUUGCGCCGUUUUCUGGAUGCAACGAAGCACAUCAUGUUCAUAGGAAUGAAUCCAGGACCCACUGGUAUGGUGCAAACAGGAAUUCCCUUUGGAAAUGUGCGUACGGUAAGCCAGUUAAUGGAGCUAUCCGGGGAGGUCGGGAGGCCGCCUGUACUUCAUCCUAAGCGACCAGUUGUUGGCUUAGAGUGCACUAAAGAGGAGAUUAGUGGGGUGCGCUUGUGGGAGCUGUUUCUGCGUUUGGCGGGCGGCCGUCUAGACAUAUUUUCACAGCAAUGUUUUGUGCAUAACUUUUGUCCACUUGCCUUCUUCGAUGCUGCCGGACGCAACAUAACACCGAGCGAGCUGAAGGGUCCGUACAAGCAGAAGAUCCGUGACGCUUGCUUGGAUGCCUUGGAGAAGCAGUUGCUGAUUGUGAAGCCCCAGGUGGUAGUGGCUGUGGGCGAUUAUGUCUAUCAAGCAUUGAAGCGCUCGGGCUACUGCAAAACGGUGUCCAUGCUGCGCUUGGCGCAUCCGAGUCCGCGUUCUGUGAACAACACCAAAUGGCCUGAGAAGGCGCAGGAGUUUCUGGAGCAGCAUGGCUUGGUACGUUUCAUGCGCAACGAAGUGUAGGUUUCGCAUUUAAAAUGCAUGUGUAUUUUGUGCAAUUAUCCAUCGAUUAAAUGUAAGAUAUAAACAACCAUAGUAUAGGCAGACCAACAAAUAUGCACAUUCCGUACAAAAUAUUAAUAAUCUAAUAAAUAAG